AUGUCAUCCAAAGAUGAUGCGGUGGCUUGCGUGCUGCUGGUUGAGGACCACGCGGUCCAUGAGGUGGGUAGCCAUGGCUUGGACAGCAAGACGCGCGUCCGAUGGGCCUGGGAAGCAGCGCAGAACUCUGGCGUGAAGCUUCGUUUCCUGUCUGUCAACGUGGCGGACAAAACGAUCAACGGAAAUCAGGAAGGUCCAUACCUUGACCUUCUCCGGCGUGCUCGCUGCAGUGCCGAAAGGCUCCUCCCCCGCUUGGCCAGGACCUGGGGAAAGGACGCCCCGAAGACCCUGUCAGGAAACAUCAAGCUCAAGCUGCGCAGCUACAGCAAAGUGAAACAGAAACGCCCGAGCCUCAGACUUGCGAAGGAGCAGCUUGGAGGAAAGCAGCUCAAGCGACAUGCCUGCUUGACUUGA